AUCUGCCAUCAUCCACACCAUUGGCACCAUUUUCUUCUACGCCGCUUCACUUUGUUUCUAAUUUUUGCCCUUUUGAUCUCCUCGGUUGCUUCCGGCCGCUCCAUCUCGCCUCCACAGGUAAGGUGCUGUCAGAUCUCCCGAUGGCUACCUACGCCAUCCGCUUUAUUGCUCCCGUGGUCGAGAGGGCCCGCAGAUGGUCACAGUCAUCCAUUGCCGAAGAGCGUCCUGCGAUUGCCACCGAAGCAUCACCUAGCUCACCUUCUGCACCUACAACUCCGAUUACCCGUCUUCUGGUCUUGGACUCUGUCUCCGAAGCGAUCGAUAUCGACUCCGAGGACACUGACUCCGCGAGAACACUAAUCAUCGUUGACCCACCGACGGGCAUACUACCAUCUGCGAAUAUGGAUUCUGCCCCCAAUGAGCCUCAUAAUGCCCCUUCCCCGGCUCCCAUCUCACAGCCCGCGCCAACCCCUCCAACUUCAUCGUUAAUGCCAGUGUCGGAGAGUUCUACCGUUUCUACAAGUCAGCCGAGUGCCGUCGGGCCAGGGAGCAAUGCGCCCGGACCUUUCGUCUUACCAGAGGAUGACGGGCAGAGGGAAUUACGCCGAAAACUGGUAGAGAUUAACAAGCUGGAAAUCAGCGAACGGGAAAGGGCGAGAAGGAUGCACCUUCUCAUGACCGAAAAAUACAAUGCGUCACGCCGCGCCGCAGAUAUAAUCAACCCGGGAUCCCCGCCACCAAAUAGCGCUCAGACCGCCGGUGCUGACGGCCAAAUUUUGCUACAAGGGGAGAACCCAUACAGACUGUCACCUGCAGAUUUUGCAAGAACAUACUAUGCGGGUUCUGAAGUAGCUGAAAGCGGGGUUCUGGAGCUUGGUUGCUCGCAUUACCGCCGGGGUGUAAAGCUUCAAUGCUCGACAUGCGGAAAGUGGUAUACGUGCAGGUUUUGCCAUGACGAAGAUCAGGAUCAUAACUUGAUUAGGAGGGAGACUAAAAAUAUGCUGUGCAUGCACUGUGGCCGGGCCCAGCCGGCUCAACAGGACUGCAGGCAUUGCGGUGUCAGGAGCUCUAGAUACUACUGCGAUAAGGUUUGCGUUCUCUUUCUCGGGGUAUUUCGGGGCAUGGGAAUUUGUUGCGCCUAAUUCCGAGAGCUGAAUGGGGCUGACGUAUGCUAGUGCAAACUGUGGGACGAUGACCCAGACAAGAGUAUAUAUCACUGCAAUGAUUGUGGCAUCUGUCGAAUAGGAAAGGGUCUUGGGAAGGACUUCUUCCAUUGCAAGGUACACAUCCAACAACUUUUCGCCCUCGGAAGUGGUGACGAUUGACCGAGAAUAGAAGUGCGGUGUGUGCAUGUCCAUUUCAUUGGAGGGCGAGCAUAGAUGCAUCGAAAGGUCGACCGAAUGCGAUUGCCCUAUCUGUGGUGAAUAUAUGUUCACUUCUACUCAAACUGUGGUAUUUAUGGUAUGUCACCCCCACCCCUAUCCAGCGAAUCGCCGGACGAACCUAACCUCCUUUGAGAAAAUAAAUAGACAUGCGGACAUUCAAUACAUCAGCGCUGCUACUACGAGCACAUGAGGACAUCAUAUCGCUGCCCUACAUGCGCACGUACAAUCAUAAACAUGGAAAGUCAAUUCCGUGCUCUAGAUCUAGAGAUAGAAACACAACCGCUGCCAGAGCCGUACAAGAAUUGGCGCUGUCUAAUUGGCUGCAACGAUUGCUCGGCCAAGAGUAAUGUGCCAUUCCAUUUCUUGGGACUAAAGUGCGAGAACUGCAAGUCCUAUAACACCAACCAGAUACGUAUCCUCCGCCCGGAAGACGGUCAGGAUGGCGGUGGGGGUAAUAUGUCUCCGUCCACUAUCCCACGUAUUCCUGAGAGUACAACACCGUCGAAUUCCCUACUCAGGGGUCAGGCAAAUUCUCCACCCCGCCUGGCUCCGGCCGAAGGUGACGCUGCGCUGGCAAAUGCGAACAGAGCUAUCGCAGCGGCGGGAGAGGCUAUAAUGGGAUUGGAUGGAAUGGGAAACUUAACCCUAGACGAUGGAUGGGAAACUGAAGAUAGUGCAGACUUCACGGACAUCGAUGAUGACGAUGACCUGGGUGGUUUUGGUAGCGGCAGGGAGGAGGGUCUGGAAGAAGAGGACUACGAGGAUGAGGAAGAAGAUGACGACGACGACGACGAUGGCGAUGAUGACGAUAAUGACGACGACGACGACGAUGAUGAUGAUAAUGGUGGGGAUGAGGAUGGUGAUGGCGAUGAUGACGAUGACGAUGAUGAUCUUAUCCAGCUUAUUGGCCAUCGAUAGUUCGGCUUCUCUUGGGCUCCUUGUGCCGCUGCUCUGGGAGACCGGAUGGGCCUAUUACUGGCCGGUUUUCCUUGGUUUGGCUGGCUUGAUUAGUCGUACCUUUGGAAGCUUUACGGGAAGUACGUCUCUUUCCCUCUCUCUCCGUUUCAUCAUCUUUUCUUCCCCCCCUGUCUCACCGGAGGGCGGGGAUGGGAACUCAUGCUCCUCCCCUGCGCCCAUCUUCCUUUCCCUUCCCAUUUUGUCCUACCCCCUCAUUUUUCGUACUUGCACCUACCCUGGCAAUUGUGAUUGAAUAACCUCUCCUCCUUACCAUAUCUCCUCAAUUCUAUUUACGCUUUAACUACUCAUUGGAACCCACGGUCUUGCGUUGAUGGACGAUACUUUGUUUCUUCUUUCCCUCUUCCUCCUUUCCCUUCCUUCUCACCAUUUGUACAUUGUGCGAUACUGGCUGUUUGGUGGCAAAUUUUUGGCGUUCUCUUUUUAUCCUUUUUGAAGUGUACUGUAUCCACAAGUGUGGUUGGGGAUCGGGGGUGUUUAUUAAGUUAGGGUAUGGCACGGAAUUGUAGUAUGCCUUAGAAUAUAUCACCAGUCUGGUGUGUCACGGCAAACGUUGUCAUUGGAUAUCACUCGAGGAUUAGUUCGCCAUUUAGUGUGCCGCCGCUCGCGUAUUGCUCGGAUGCUGUACUGUAGUGUGUUGCAAGAAUGAGCAAGUAUUAUCGCUUCCAACGGGAAAUACAUGCAUGGAUGAGUAGCGAGGCGAUCUAAAAGACUAAUCUACAAUGCUCAGCACUCGAGUGGUUCUCCCAAUUGCUUUCCCCUUCGCUGCGCUCUCACUUGUCUUUAAGCCGAUGGGGGGUUGGGAUAUCGGUAUAGAAUUCAUUGGUUGGUGUUUUUUGUCUAAUCUUGGGCGGUUCUGCUUACUUGAGUGUUCACUCGCCUGCUUGUUUUGGUUCCCGGUUGUUAGGUUCCUGCUCAAGUUCUGUUUGUCGGGUCGCGUUAAGAAAGAGGGAGCGCGUUAAAUUAGUUAGUAUUAUCCUAGAUGGGGGUAGGUUAUGUUUGGUGCGGAGUGGGGUAGAUUUCGUUUCAUACUCAGUUCAGCCACUGGUGCUUGAUGCUAUCAUAUUGCGAGCCCACUUUUUCACCCCCGCGAAUACUUUUGUCACGGUGUCGCAGGGUAGUUCCAGAUGUAGAGGGUUGAACUAACGUCGACCCAGGCAGCGCUCACAGUUAACGCUUUUCUAAGGCAUGAUAGAUGUGGUACGGUGUGUACCGAAGUUGGAGUUGAGAGAAUUUGCGGGGUGGAUGCUCGCAAGCAUGGGGACUCAGGAUACAUGUGGUU